CCGUUAGUAUCCGGGUGAUUUUAAAUUAUAUUCUUGCAGUGGUGGUGACCUCCCGUGGUAGGCGAAAUAUCCGCAGUUGAACCCGGCGUAGUUUCGCGUUCGCCGCUAAUUACAAUGAACAAAUGAUUAUAUCAAGGAUAUUCUAAAUUGACUCGAUAUCGGGACCUGUUCACGGUGUUUCUGCUCGCCGUACGAAAAGUGUAAAGUUACCCCGAUGCUUCUGCGUGCUGGUCCGUCGCGUGACGUCGUAUUGUCUUUUAAUAGUCAGCCCCUGUGACCGGUUUUUCCGUCGUUAACGAGGCACCGUUGUACAUACGUCGAGACGCGCCCUCGUCCGACCUUGAAACCUAUAAUCGUUCUUAGCGUUCGAUGUUCGAAACAUCGUCUGGAAUAACGUUGAUCGUGCUGCACAGGUUCGAGUCGUAUUUGUUUUCCUCGGCGGCUCGUUAACGCGGAGCAACAGUGAAAUGGCGAAAAAGACGUACGAUCUAUUGUUCAAGUUACUGCUGAUCGGCGACUCUGGGGUCGGCAAGACUUGUAUAUUGUUUAGAUUCUCGGACGAUGCCUUCUCAACGACGUUCAUUUCUACGAUAGGCAUCGAUUUUAAAAUCAAGACAGUGGAAUUAAGAGGAAAGAAAAUCAAGUUGCAGAUAUGGGAUACAGCUGGUCAAGAAAGAUUUCAUACUAUCACUACUUCGUAUUACAGAGGUGCAAUGGGUAUUAUGCUUGUUUACGACAUUACUAAUGAAAAGACGUUUGAAAAUAUAGUCAAGUGGUUAAGAAACAUUGAUGAACAUGCGAAUGAAGAUGUGGAAAAGAUGAUACUGGGGAACAAAAGUGAUAUGGAAGAUAAGCGCGUCGUUAGCACGGAAAGAGGAGAAGCGAUAGCGAGAGAGCAUGGAAUCAGAUUUAUGGAGACAUCGGCGAAAGCAAACAUUAAUAUCGAUCGUGCGUUUAGUGAAUUAGCUGAAGCAAUACUGGAGAAGACUCACGGGAAAGAACCACAAGAUGCUCCUGAUAGAGUGACAGUCGAUCGGAGGGUAGAAAGAAGUUCUAAUCGGUGCUGCUAAUUUUAUGUUAUUUAUUUUAACGGCGCAUAAUAUUACUAUAUAUCAGCUCGUGCCACUCAAAAUAGAUUUGUGGAUAGAUUUAGAGCAUAAUUUAAAGCAUAAUAGUAUAAUUAAACUCUUCACAACACUGCCUAAUCAAAUCCGAUGAAACUUACUCGAUGACACUUCUGACGGACAGAGGGGUACACGAAUUCGAAACUAUGGAGAAAUACCUUCAAUUAGAAAGUGAAGUUUCUUAAUUAUACCUGGGUUUUAAAGGGUGGGUUAUAAAUGCUGUUUGUCACAUACAUAUAUGACUGUACUUAUAAAUGUGUCUAUUGCAUGUAUACAAGCAUUAAAGCUCCGUCGCAGAUUUUAUAAUGAACACAGGAAAUCGAUAAUAUAUGUGCUGUCGAUGGAGCUUCGUUUUCCAUGUGAAACUCGAUGCGUUGUUACACGAACAAAGUCAACUAGGUACAAUUUGUUUGUUACGAGGCUGCAAUUUGUUACCAUAUUGAAAAGAGUGAGAGUGAAUGUGGGCUUUUAAUCGUAAAGAUAAAAAAACAAACUAUGUGAACAUUGAACGCUUUUUCAUACGAACAUUGCACUAUUAUAUGCUUAUUUACCUCUUAAGUUAAAAAGUUAAAAGCUUAAAAUCGAGAGCUUUUAUCCUAUUUAUGUAAGACUAAUUUACUACAAAUAUAAACAUUCACGAUUUCGAA